AUCUCCGUCCCCAUUGGCUCCUCUUCCACGUUAUCCUCUCCGGGAGUUUCCCAUUGGUGCAGGCCACACCCUCUCAUUUGUCACCAGACUCCACCUUCAGUCUGGGUUCCUCCCCUAGCCAUCUUUCAUUCAUUCUGCAUCUAGUGCUGGAUGCCUGAGACAUGGGAGUGAAUCAGACCCGUCCCUGCCCUCAGGGAGUUCAGGACAUGGUGAGGGGACGCGGACCUAGGCUACGACAGUGACAACCUAGGGCGGUAAAGAGGCCGCCUAGGCACACUGGGAGCCUCUAAGACGCCUGGAAGACUUCCCGGAGGAGAAGUCCACAGUUGGAGUGACCCAGCUGGAUGUGACCCCCAGAACAGAAUGGUGCUGGACUCGGGGGCUCAGGUGUAUGGGCAGCCACCCCCCAGCCCACCAGCCAGGCGCUCAACCUCGGGCCGUAGGCCGAAGCCCUCAGACCGAGAUGGAACACCGCUGUACCCCUGGCCUCGGUCCCUGGCCUUGCCCCUGGCUCUGUCGGUCUCCUCAGCCCUGCGGCCCCGGCCUGAGCCGCAGUCCCCCUCAGAGCUGCGCUGGGGCCACUGUGGCCACAUGCGUCGCAGUGAGAGCACCUACACCAUAAAUAGUACUGGCCAACCCAGGGGUGGCACCCAGGGUCGGGCCCCACCUGGACGCAGACGGGAUCUCGGCGGGGGCACCCUGCGGUCCGCAGCCUCCCUGCCUCACAUUGCUAAGACUCAAAAGUAUGGAGGCCGCGGUGCCAGCAGGAGCCCCUGCCUGUUGAUGGCCCUGCGGCCAACCAACAUGGACAGUGAGCGGGACAAGUUCUUCCAGUCCCGCUACACCUACAACCCACAGUUCGAGUACCAGGAGCCCAUGCCUAUGGCUGUGCUGGAGAAGUACUGUGAGGCCUCUGGACAGUUCAUCCACCAGGCAGUUGGCAUCAUUGAGGCUGUCCUGGAGAAGUUUGGCACCUACGAACACUUUGAGGCUGCGACUGGGGGCCAGCUGCUGACCAAGUGCCAGAUCUGGUCUAUUGUGCGCAAAUACAUGCAGAAGGAGGGCUGUGUUGGGGAGGUUGUGGUGCAGCUGAGCGAAGACCUGCUGUCCCAGGCAGUGAUGAUGGUGGAGAACAGCCGACCCACAUUGGCCAUCAACCUGACCGGAGCCCGCCAGUAUUGGCUAGAAGGCAUGCUGCGGCAUGAGAUAGGCACCCACUACCUGCGAGGCGUGAACAAUGCCCGGCAGCCCUGGCACAACUCCGAGGGCCGGCUGCAAUACGGGUUGCGGCCAGCGAACCCCACUGAGGAGGGCCUGGCCAGCCUGCACAGCGUGCUGUUCCGCAAGCAGCCCUUCCUGUGGCGCGCGGCGCUGCUCUACUACACCAUCUACCGGGCGGCGCACUUGUCUUUCCGGCAGCUCUUCCAGGACCUGGCGCGCUACGUGCAGGACACAGACGUGCGCUGGGAGUACUGCGUGCGCGCCAAACGCGGCCAGACCGACACCUCGCUGCCAGGAUGCUUCAGCAAGGACCAGGUGUACCUGGAUGGCGUCGUGCGCAUUCUGCGGCACCGCCAGACCAUCGAUUUCCCGCUGCUGACCUCGCUGGGCAAGGUGUCCUACGAGGAUGUAGAUCACCUGCGGCCCUAUGGGGUGCUGAACAAUACGCGGGUGCCCCACUUCAUGCAGGACCUGGAGCGCUACCGGCAGCAGCUGGAGCACAUCAUGGCCACCAACCGGCUGGACGAAGAAGAGUUGGGCCGCCUGCUGCCUGACUGAUAUUGGUUGAGGGCUCCGGACCAUCCCCCUGAACAGGAAGAGGGCUGCUCUGUGCUUCCA